UUGGGGAUGAGGAUGCUGCUGGAAGGAUAUGCCUUCACACCCUCUUGUGUGCUAAUCUCUCCCAGCAGCUGUUCUUAGCCCAAGAUGAAAUUCUCUUUGUUUGUGACUCUGAAUAACACUUGUGUUUUGCCAUGGCAUCCCAAGUAUGUAAAUGUUAGGGUGAUGUGGUUUGCUCUGAGCUCCCCUUUGGUGAUGCUUCUUUUCAGGACCCACUGCAGCUCUGUGAUUGCUGAUCCAUGUUUAACUGUAAGGAGUCCUGGCAAGAUGGCAUUUUCCAGACUUCCCAUCCUUCUAGCACUGGCAUUUUCCUCUCUUUCCUUUGUUCUUUCCCAUUUGAACAGAGAGAUGUGGUUUCAGGAUUUCUUUCCACCCAACACGUGCCCUAUAAAUGCCAAAGACAACACUUUUUAUGGCAUAAUGUUUGACGCAGGAAGCACUGGAACCAGGAUUCACAUUUACACCUUUGUGCAGAAGAGCCCAGAAGACCUUCCAGAACUGGAAGGGGAAAUCUUUGAGUCUGUCAAGCCCGGUCUCUCUGCAUAUGCUGAUCAGCCUGAAAAGGGAGCUGAAACUGUCAAAAGAUUGCUGGACAUGGCCAUAGAUGCUGUGCCACCUCAUCUCUGGAAGAAGACCCCAGUAGUGUUAAAAGCCACAGCUGGUCUACGCUUGCUGUCAGAGGAGAAAGCUCAGUCUUUGCUUUUAGAGGUGAGAGAAGUCUUUGAGGAAUCACCAUUUCUCGUUCCAGAGGACAGUGUUAGCAUCAUGGACGGGUCUUAUGAAGGAAUUUUAGCCUGGAUCACUGUGAACUUUCUGACAGGGCAGCUGUCAGGCCAGAACCAGCAUACUGUUGGGACUCUGGACUUGGGAGGAGCCUCAACCCAGAUCACAUUCCUGCCGCAGUUUGAGGAAACUUUGAAGGAAACCCCUGGGGAUUUUCUUACCUCAUUUGAAAUGUUUAAUAGCACCUACAAGCUCUAUACCCACAGCUAUUUGGGCUUUGGACUAAAAGCUGCGAGACUAGCAAUUCUUGGAGCUUUGAAUGUGGAAGCUGUGGAUGGACAAAUGUUUCGCAGUUCGUGUUUACCAAAGCAGUUGGAGGCAGAGUGGCACUUUGGGGGAGUGAAAUACCGGUAUGGUGGCAACAAAGAAGGAGAAACAGGAUUCAAGCCUUGCUACUUGGAAGUACUCAAGGUUGUCAAAGGGAAACUACACCAACCAGAUGAGAUUCGUGGACGUUCCUUCUAUGCUUUCUCCUAUUACUAUGAUCGAGCAGUUGACACCAACCUAAUUGAUUAUGAACAGGGAGGUGUUUUGGAAGUGAGAGAUUUUGAAAGAAAAGCCAAAGAAGUCUGUGAUAACAUGGAGAAGUACAACUCAGCCAGUCCUUUCCUCUGCAUGGAUCUUGUGUACAUCACUGCUUUGCUAAAGGAAGGAUUUGGAUUUAGGGACAACACACUCUUACAGUUAACAAAGAAAGUGAACAACGUAGAGACAAGCUGGACUUUGGGUGCUACCUUUCACCUACUGCAGUCUCUGGGAAUCACUUACUGAGCUGUGACAUUCGUGUGGACUAUAGCAUUUCUGAAAGGCUGAGAAAGCAAUUGAAACCUCCAGGUACAUUGUUCAGCUGGAGCUGGUCACAGAGCAAAACAUGGACCAAAGCUAUAGAACAGACCUUCACCCCAGACUGGCAUUGUGCAUAAUGAGAGUUGCUACAGUAUGAUUUAUAAUUGUGAUUGCCAUAAGUGAUCCAGAAUCUACCUUCUGAAAGCCAGUAGCCCUAGACUCAAGCAGAGUAUUGCAAGGGGCUCAAAGCCAGCUUUCACCAGCACCUUUGUAUAGCCUCCCAUUGCUAGAAGCACAGAGUACCUGGCAUGUGGUGGCAGACCACAGACAUUUGGCUUCCCACCCCCCUUUUAUUUUAAACAUGCAUAACUUAAGUUUGCUUGUGAGAUUUUAAAUACAGAAAUUACAGGUGACAUCAACAGUCAUUCAGAGAAAGGUAACUGGAUGCUGCCAGCCUCCCUGUUCCAAGUACCUGGCUGUUAGCUUAGAUAAUAUAUUGCAAGAAGACUCCAGUCUUUCAAGAAGGGAUCUGCUGUGAGUGCACUUUGGGCAUGGUUUUGGGAAAGGUGUGGGCUAAAGCAUAUGUUGUAAUGUACUGUGCAUUUCUUUAGACAGUAAUCAUUUCCUGAACAGAAUGCAUGCCUGAGUCCCUUUUUGCUGCCUUUUGCAAGCCUGUGCAGCUGUACUGUGCAUCUGGCUACCAGACCUGAUAAUUCACUUAGGGUGUAGUCAUAACACAGACUUGUGCUGGCACAACCAGGCAGCAGUGCCAGCUAUUUAAAUUCUACAGCCAAAAGAAGUACUUGUCACGUUACACCCACAAGGAGAUGAAGGGUGCAGUCAGAUGAAAGGGCCCAUCUGAUUGAUAGCUCACUUUGCAGUGAGAGGCAGUUCUGCUUCUCUGCUCUCAGCAAGGCACUCCCACAGCUUUCUUUCCUCUGAUGCUGGUGCUUCUCCGGUUCCUUGAGGACUGGAUUCCCAACACCAAAUGUGAGUUAAAUCAGAUCACUAAAGGGUCAAGUCUAGGGCUAGCACAAGGAAAGAGGCAUUGCAAAGCCUGGAGAGACCUGCUGGGCCAGGGAGCUGUUAGAAGGCCACAGCCCACUUUGUAGAGUGAGCUCUAAGGUGUGGUUUCCCAUCUGAAAGUGUGGGCUUAUCACUUCCUGUGCUGUCCUUAGAAACCUGCCGUGAAUGCAGAGCUGUGGGGAAACAAGUUGUUUAUGCAGUUGUUUGAUAGACCAAUAUAGGAAGAGAGCGGAAUUAGCAUCAGAAACAGAGGGAGAACAAGAGCAGAAGUAGCUUUACUUUCUUAUCCCUUGUCCAUUUGAAAUUGGUUUAAACUUCAUUUCUGUUGAAUUUAAUGUAGCA